AUGUGGUGUGAUGCGUCAAGAGGCAAAGCAAAAGAGACAAAGUUGGAGAAGAUAGAAGUGACCAAGUCAACCCAGUUGGUUAGAUCAACCCUUUGGGCCCAAGCUAGGCACAAUUCUCACCUACCAGCUCACCUACCAGCUGCACCCUCAAUGUUCCCCUCAUCAACACUCCCCUCGACAUUCCCAGCAAACUUCCACACGACCGCACACUCAGCACCAUCUGGAUCGAUCCCAACUGGACCAGCGGCUGAUAGAGGUGGAAGUUUGUAUAAGGGUAAGAAUUUCAUUAAGAACUUAAACAAGAGGAAGGCAGAAGGGUUUGGAGGAGGAGCAAAUGGAAAUGCAGGAAGUAGUGGGUGGAAUAGUGGUAGGUGGACAGGAGCUAAGCAAGGGAGAGACAAUGGAUACAGGGAUAGGAAUCCAAGGAAGUGA